AUGACCCUUGAUCUGUGGGACUUUGCUGGUCAACAGCUUUACUAUGCGUCUUACCCAGUUUUUUUAUCCUCACGAGCAGUUUACAUGUUGGUUUACAAUCUCAGCAAAGGAUUAGACGACCCAGCUCAACCUUGUUUCAAACUGGGAGAUCGGAAUAUUCCUCUUAGAAACCCAAAUAAGGAAACGAAUGUAGAAAAAUUGUUGUCUUGGCUGGUUACAAUCGGUAGUAUUUGUUCAGAACCAGAAAUGAGCAAAAACAAAAAUGCAAUAAAACAACUGCCCUACUGUCGCCCUCCAGUGUUUAUUGUAGGAACACAUGCGGAUAAACGACGUCAAAGAGAAAUUAAGAAGAUCGAGUCGCAGAUUCAGAGGGAACUAUCUGGAAACGGCCAACAUCUAAUUCGCCCCAUCUUCGCUGUUGACAAUACCAAAGGAGCAUCUGAUAGGGGAAUUGCUGCCCUCCAGAAACGCAUGAUUGAAGUGUUGAAGCAAGAACCGUACAUGGGAGAGGAGGUACCAAUUCGGUGAGUUUUAAAUGGAGAAUUCUGAAGGAAUUUUAAAAUUUCAGACUUUUUAAAAAAUAAAAUGAAAAUGAAGCGCGAAAUUCAAUUGCCUUUUUUAUGUCUGCCUAUUGAAAUCGUGAAAGUAAAAGCCCGCGAAAUACUGUCUCGCCAGAAUUGCAUAAUUACGUACUCGCAAAAGUUAAGUGCCAAUAAGGUACACAAUCUCUAUAAAGUAGGCAAUGUAGCCGAGAAUUCUGUGAAAGUUCAAUGUGAAGGUGCCUUAUAUUAUAAGGCCUCACAAAUUCUUUCCAAUUCAAGGUGUACGCACGCGAAGCAAUUUUUUUUUAAAGUGUUAAUACUUGAUCUUUUCUCGAUAUUAACGUAUUUUAAAAGACGUUUAGAAAGUUUAAGCAUUCCUGGCCUCAGUUUACCUUACUGUGCCUUUUUUACGUUUAAGAGCCACUUUGAUAUUUUAUUUCAGAUGGUUCAACUUCGAGAAGGUUGUCAAAGCUUUGGUUGCCGAGAAAUUGUACCACUUAAACAUGGAACAAGUUCAGACCAUUAUCCAGAAACAUUGUUUCAUUGAAAACAAGGAUGAGGUUGCCAUUAUGUUGAAUUUCUAUCACGACCUUGGCGUGAUUGUCAAACAUGGCAACACAGUUGUACUUCAGGCUAAAUGGCUCAUUAAACUGUUCCAGCAACUUAUAACUGUUCGUUGUUUUGAUGACAUGGUAAGAAACAACAUUGGUUGCAUUUCCAUGCCCUCUUAUAGGCUCUAAGCGGGAAUUUUACAAUCUGAUUAUAUCCCGUGUGACUUGUGUUGACGUUGCGUAUUGCACUCUGUUAUUUCUGCCCUGACUGGUUCAGUUUAUUCUCCUAUAGGCAACCGUGCCUCACUUUAGUAUUACAGUAGGGAUGUUUUAGGACUUUUUUACGGGGGAAUCUCGUCAUCUCGCGGGGGAAUACAUCAACGAAUAUGACCUCAUUGCCUUUUGUCUUUCACUGAUGAAUAAAAUUCAGUAUUCUCACUUUUGUGUAUUCGAAAUAAAGUAGAAACAACAGACUAUACAGUAGACCUAGCUUUGACCGGUUUUAACCUGGUUGUCGUGUGGUGCUUUAAUGUGUUUUAACUGGUUUGACAGGUUUUUCAGUUACCUCUUAGAUGGAUAAUGGUCAUAGUAUAUUUUAAAUCAUUUGCGUCUUGAGAAUUAAAAUCACUGAACCGUAACGUAACGCAAAAGAGCAAAACCAUCCCUACUAUACUACUCACCAUAUCCUUUCAAAGUCUGAAUGUCAUCAUGCUUCCCGAAAAUAUUUUUAUCUAGUUAUUCCUCGCUUGGUAACCAGUAGUUGAAAGCUGUUUUUGUCUUUGUUUGUUUCCCGCUUUUUAUAUUGUCCUUUCUUUCCAGGAACCGAGGCAUUGUGAAUUGUGGAAAGAAAUGAAGGAAACAGGUGUCCUCAGUAUAGAACUUGUUGAUGACGUUUUUUCCGAGUUCUGCCGGCAAGGCGUCAUCAAGGACGAUAUCCUUAAAAUGAUGGAGAAGUUUGGAUUGAUCGUCCAAUUUGCCCCCUCACCAACUGAAGAAAAAUACUUUGUACCUUGCCAACUAUGGUCACCUCCUGACAGCCUUUGCAAAAUGGAGCCAUCUCCCGCAGAUCCAUGCCCACUGUACCUUCACUUUUCGCGAGGUUACGUUCCUCAUGGUCUCUACUUGCAGCUCGUGUCACGAUGCACCAAAUGGUGCUCUGAGAGUGGAUUCAAGAAACCCCCUAAAUUGUUCGACGGGGCAUCUCUGUUUUUCAUUGGGAAGGAGCUCACUCACCACAUGAUGCUUGUGUGCAAGAAAAGAUUCAUCAGGACCGUUUUGUUGCGAGUAGAACGAAAUGAUGGGUCCUUAAGUGAGCCGGUAAUAGCAAGAGAAGUGCCGACUCUGGUGCGAAAAUUUUUAAAUGAGACGAUGCAAAAUCUGCGAGAGACACUUUCUGGUCUCAAAAAUUUAGCUUACAAACUGUGUGUGGAGUGUCCUUACUGCCUGAAAAUGGAAAAAUUAUGUGAUAACCAUGGCCAAUUCCCUUGCUGCGACGAGCGCUGUAUGUGUUUUCUGGAGGUUGCCCCAGAUGGAUCGUUCGAUUACUGUUCAAACAGCCUUUGUCGUGAAAUUCUUUCGCUUCCCGGACUCGAAAGGUGGUUCUCGAGCAGUAGCAGGGACUCGUCGAUCAAAGGUGGGGCUGAUAUGAUAGAAAAAAUGCCUUUUCAAGGUUUUUGUUCAUCUAAAACUGUAUGUAUUUUUUUGUUACCCAGUCACACGGUAGUAGAUGAUUUGUAGAAGGGGAUUCUACUGCUGCGCCCAAUAUUGCAAGAAUUUUAAUAGGGAUGGACACUCAAUCCAAUCUAACCACUGCGUAUGUCCCAGCAGACAACAUCUGGACCUCGCUAAAACCUCCAAAAAUCAAAAAAGGCACAACAUCGACGCAACAUCUCACUACAUAUAUUGGCAUGAGCUUUUUGUGAGCCGAGAUUCAUUAUAUCGAUAAUUUGAGUUUUUAUUCUAUUAACGUUAGAGAAAAAAGGCAAGCAUGUGCCAUUACAUUGUUGUCAUGUUUUUCUUUUACUAGGUACAUUUUGUACAUCCGAAGAAGAGGUGGAAACGCGUACUGUAUCGAAACAAAAAUUGGCCACUUCCACUUUCCAACGUCUUAAGAGAAAAAGAGACCAAGGUGGUAUAUUUUGGGUUUGAACUUUAGCCACCGGCUUUGUGCAUGUUGUUAACAGUCCCAGAAAAAAACGUUUUGUUAAUUUAAGAUGUCUUUGUUGUAAAUGUUCCUUUCCAAUUGGCUGAAAUCUUCAGGCUAUUUUUUUUAUAAUUUACUCGCUUCUGCUGACCAAAUUUGGAAUAUUAUCCCUUGAUACACCAGUAAUUUUUCAUAUCAUAAUCAGCAAAAAAGUUAUGGCCUUUAUUUUUAUGUAAAUAUAAUUUUGACUUUAGGUGGAAAUUUUGUGCCGGUACUCCUUAUUGAGAUAAUAUCCGGACAGCUUGUCAAAAAGUAUUUCUUCUGAUCAUAUUUCAAGUUUGCUUUGGGUUACAGUCGCCUCUCAUCACUCCUUGUCAUAGCAUCUGGAAACGACACCUUGCUAAAAAGCUCCGUAAAUCAUAAUAGUCCCACAACAUCGACGCAACAUCUCAAAACAUGUAUUGACAUGAGCUUGAUGUGAGCCGAUGUUGUUGGCCGAAAUUAGUUCCAUCGAUAUUUUGAGUUUUAAUUAUUUUGAAGGUACCAUAAAAGACGUUUCCAUAUUUUUCUUUUACUAGCUACGUCAGACGAAGAGGUGAGAAAACCUACUAUAUCCAAGAAAAAGUUUCGCCAACACUUUAAGAGGAAAAAAGAUAAAGGUGGAAUAUUUUAUUGUUACAGUCACCUUUCAUCGCUCCUUAUCGAUAGUUUUCGUUCAUAGUAUCCGGAAACAAUACCUUGCUAAAAAGCCCUGUAAAUCAAAAUAGUCCAUGUAUUGACGUGAGCCGAUGUUGUUGGCCGAAAUUAGCCACAUCGAUAAUUUGAUAUUUUGUUAUAUUGAAGUUACCAUAAAAACAUUGUCAAUUUUUUCUUUUACUAGAUACGUCCGAAGAAGAGGUGAAAAAACGUAGUGUAUCCAGUAAAAAGUUUCGACAUCUUCUUAACAGGAAAAAAGGUAAAGGUGGAAUAAAUUCUAAGUGGAAUACAAGGGGGAAAUAUUAUGGAACAAUCUACCUUAAAACUUGAGAAAUCUGUAAUCUUAAGACCGAUUUAAGAUAUCAUACUUUAUUAUUCAACUUCACUCAACAGAAUACAAAUAACGCUAAAAACGAGUAAAAAUAUCUCACGGUAUUUGUUCUUCAGAGGACCGGUUUGACCGGUUUAAAUCUACGAACGUCGAACAUGGCAGAAAAUACAUCGUUUUCCGAUAAAAAGAAUAGCGUAAUAGAAGCCACAUUUUAAACUUAAAUAAAACCGAGUUUCUAGAUUAAAGUUGCCCAAACAACAAUGAAUUGUCGAUAUUUAUUAAAAAUAGACAAAACUUUAGCAGCUCAAGACACAACAAAGAAGAUGAAAACAGACCUGAAUGUGUGUAAUAGGCGAUGUUGAUGGCGACAAUCCGUGAAACGAUAACGUCCAUUAAAUGCAAUCAGGGGCACCCAACGAGAAUAUAGUGCAAAACCACCUAAACAUAGCACUCUUAAACGUAUUUUAGUAUUUAAACGGUAGAUAUAGGCAUAUUUUUAUCCCCUAAAAAUUUUUCAUCUGUUCGGAUUUCCUAGCUGAAAGCCUAGUGAUCCGAAAAUUCUAGGGAUCAAAACUUACCUUUUCGAAAAUUUCAUCCAGAAAAAAGGCUCCCGAAAAUUCUAGGUGACCUUUUUAGGGUAAAAAUCCUUUAAAAAUAGGCAAUUAUACCAUUUUUUUGAUGUUCGAAAAUCCUAGGAGAGGCAGGCGAGCAAGAAAUUUUACAACAAAUGUUCCGAAAAUUCUAGAUCUAAAAUCGUCUUUCGAACAGAUAUUCUUCCGAAAAUUGUCGUUGGGUGCCCCUGUACAAUCCCCGCCGAGGAAGUGAACGGUCUUCAGCUCUAGUUCUAUUAAAAUGUGAGGAAACUCAACAUGCUAGACUUAAGAAGUUCUGAUUUUGUCACUAGAAAAACCCGGAGAAAAUGAGGUUUGAAGUUCUUUGUUUACGAGUAGCUCUUUGAAACGCCUUACAUUUGUGGGAGAGUUUUCGUCUUUCCAUCGCAAUUUGCCCUGCUCAGUUUUUCUACUUGCAGUCCAUUUUACGUAAAAACCGAAAGACUAUCAUAAGCCUCACCCAUCUGUCAUUCCAUCUCUGUUUUCAGUUCGUAGCAAAUGUUUCGAAACGCCGAAGAAAACCUGAAAAAAAUGAUUUACAAAUAAACCAAUUUGACAAGUUUUCAUUUCUGAGCAAUAAACAAAACCCUUGCAUAAAGCGCGCGAAAACUCGACUUGCAUAGGAGUCACGUUAUUUGUCACGUUAGCAUGUCACGCAUUCUCGUUAUAUUUUACUGCGUUUUUUUUUAUACCCUUCGAGUUGAAUAUUAAAUCUCUUACUGAACGGUUCAGUGUGUAGUAUCCUGGGAUAUUUUUACUCGUCUGUUGUAUUUUGGAGCGUGACUCGUAAAAAUAUCCCAGGAUACUAUACACUAAACCGUCCAAAAGGAUAUAUGUAUCACUUACAGUAAGAAUUCCAAACAUUGACAAGUUUGCAUAAUAUUUCAUAAAAGUUGAUAGUGUGUAUGGUCGUGUUCUAUUGGGAAAAACCGUUUUGGUUGGUUUGGUUGAUCAGCUUUUUCAACCAACUCAGAACUUGGUUGAAAUGGUUUAAAAACAAUGGGUAUCGUGCGCUAAAUUUUUAGCAGGCAUCGAUUUUAAGUGUUGUGUCAUUUUUUCGCGAAUUUCUCGCUUAAAACUUCGUAUGAAAUGCGCGCGUGGAUCUUACGAAAAACUUGAAAACAAACAACAAUAGCGGUCUGUAUGCAACUUUAAAUGCACUGUAUAGAAGAAAGGAGAAAAGGAACGUGUUUUAAACUAUAACCACUGAUUCACAUAUUUAAUAAUUUACUAUUAGAAGGCAACAAAGAAUUUUGAAAACUCGGUCUUUGUUUUGAGACUGCCGCAAGCUUAAAUUUGAAAUGAAUAACAGUUCAAGUUAUGCAAAGUUAAGAAAACUUUAUUUUCUACCUACUUAUCCUGUAUCCCUGUCAGCCGCCAAAACAAAAACAUCUCAUCCUGAUUUUUUAACCCGGCGUCCCGGCGCCGAUAAUCGGGUAUUUCUUUGUCAAAAAUAGCCUAUGAAGCGUGGUUCAGGUGUUCCCUUCGUUUCCAACAAAAGUUCCGCUACGUAUUCUAAUUCAUCGUUUUAUUAUUUAUCAUUCUGCAUUGGGGGAUCCAGGGAAGGGACCCGGGGGGCCCGGCCCCCCUCCUUAUUUUUAGACCAAACUGGGGGCCAAAAAACAUUUUUUUGGAGACCGCUCCCCCCCUUUUUCUAAGGGUCUGGAUGACCGCCGACGCCAUUCCUCCCCCCAACCCAUUUUCUCCUUAUUUCAAGUUCUGGAUCCGGCACUGUUCUGGAGUGUUGUUUCAGGCCACUUGUUGAAGAGGAACCGCAGCAACCAUUCUGCCUUCGCGAAUGGUCGAUAACCUUUGCUACAAAAGUUGAGGAAAUCUGGAAAUGACUAUACCCAGACACAACCGCGUUUCAACCAAAAACGGUUGGAAAAGUGUUCUAUUGGGAACUUUAACCAAGGCAACCAAAACCGGUUUUGGUUAAGCGCCAAUGUAUGUCAAUACAUACAUUGGCCAAUGUCGGGGAUCUCCUCUAAAAAGCUCAGCAGGGCGUGCUGAGAUCUCCUGCUCAUGUAUGCCAACAAAUACUAAAUGUGCAAUAUGAAUUUUACAAUGAUGAUCGAAUAAAGAAUUGACUCUUCAAUAUGGAUAUUUUAGUGUUACAGUCACCUCUCAUCAUUCCUUGUCAAAAGUUUUCGUUCAUAUCAUCUGGAAACGAUACCUUGCUAAAAGGCCCGUAGAUCAAAAUAGUCUCAUAACAUCGACGCUACACCUCUCAACAUGCAUUGACGUGAACUUGAUGUGAGCCGAUGUUGUUGGCCGAAAUUCGUUACAUUUUAGUUUUUACUAUAAAAAGCAUUGUUGCCAUAUUUUUCUUUUACUAUAUACUUCCGACGAAGAGGUGAAAAAACGUAGUGUAUCCAAGAAAAAGUUUCGCCAACUUGUUAAGAGGAAAACAGAUGAAGGUGAAAAAUUUUAGUGUUACUGUCCCCUCUCAUCGCUACUCAUCGAUACUAUCGAUACUUUUCUUUUAAAGCAUCUGGAAACUCUUCUUUGCAGAAAGCCCCGCGAGCUGAUGUUGUCAUCAGCUCAGCUCAUUAUAAUAAAAUUACCAUAAAAACAUUGUUGUCAUGUUUUUCUUUCACUAGAUACGUCUGCAGACAAGGUGGAAACACGUACUGUAUCCAAGAAAAGGUUUCGCCAACUUCUUAAGAGGAAAAAAGAUAAAGGUGGGACAUUUAAGUGUUUGAAUAGUAGCCACCGGUGAUCUUGUGCAGUUAGUUGUAACUCCUGGGUUUGUUUUCGAGAGGCAAAGUCAUAGUCACAAGUGAUAUAGUGGGCGAAACAGUAGAACUGAAGAUUUGUGGCUUGAACUAAAUAGAAUACCAAAAACAAAUGUAGUAAAUACAGGAGAGAAAAAAAGAGUUGAGAAAGAGGAGAAAAAAUGCAUAGCUAGGGUGCUCUCCAAUUAUGCUAGACCGGUCCGACAGAGAAGAGUGCAAGUAGCCGAAGAAAAUUGGAACCACGUUCCUCGAUCAAAAGAAACUUCGAGCGGACCGCAUUUAGAUUAGAUUUCGAAGCAGUUAUUUUCGGUUGGACCGGACCGACCUGGACCAAAAAGAACCAGGUCCCGUGGUGGACCGCUUUUUGCUGAAAAAAUUCCACUCGAACUCUGUGUUCUGACCCGGAAUUUCCUGAAAGUUUGGCACAAUGGAAAGCACUCUCAGUUUGCCUGUUCCAUUUAUUGAUUCGCACCAGUGAACCGGAAACAUGAUUCCCUGCAGGUUAAUGUCAUUCCUUCGCAAAAAAAUGCCCUCCAUUCUCUUUUAUUUUCAUACAAUUUGUUGUGGCUGCAGUUAAGAAGGGCAUCCCAUCGAAUGACGAGCUGGAGUAUCUGUCACUGGAAAUUGCACAGUGGGAAAAACUUGGGCGUCGGCUAAACUUUAAAAACUCAGAAUUAAAAGCAUUUCACAAGGAAAACGAAGAAUGGUCUGAGAAAGCGUUUGCAAUGCUAUUGAAGUGGAAAGAAAAGAAUGGUUCCCAUGCUACUUACCGAUGUUUACGUAAAGCGCUCUGUCAUGACUUUGUGAAUCGAAAAGAUUUAGCAGAAAAAUUUUGUUGUAGAUAA